AGAAGCCGCUCCUCCGUGUCCUCUGUCCGUGGAAAUAUCUGACGUGUAAGACUCUCUCCAGCGGCGGCUGGUAGCUGCUGCCGACGAUCCGCUGACGCGUUUCCACGACGUAUUACUGAUCUGGAUGAACGGGACUCAAGAGAUGGAGACCGAGGGAGCAGAUGUCCUGCAGUCGCUGGUUAUUAAAGAAGAAGUUCCUACUGAGCAGCAUGAGCCUCAUUUCACGAAAGAAGUGAAAGAGGAGGAAGAAGAACGUGAUGUCUCCCAGCUCUCAUUCACUCCUGUGGAUGUGAAGACUGAAGAUGAUGAGAAGCCUCCAACCAGCAGCUUAACUCAACACAUGAAAACAGAAGCUGAUGGAGACAACUGUGGAGGAUCAGAACCGGCCAGCUGCUUGGACCCGCCUAUCCACCCUGACCAGCAGAGGUCACUCUCUUCUGACUUUGACACUGACGACAGUGAAGACUGGAGAGAAACUUGUUCCACUCAGAGUGAUGCAAAGGUUCAUGCCAGUGAGAAGAAAGAUGGUGCUGAUCUCAAAUCGCUGAUGUGCACUGAGUGUGGAAAGAGAUGUUCUUCGAAGUCUGGACUGACUCAACACAUUAGGGCCUGCUAUGAAGGACCUUUUGAUUGCUCACUUUGUGGACUCUGUUUUGGAAGUAGACAGGCUCUCAAGAUUCACAUGAUCACCCACACCAGUGAGAAACCUUUCACCUGCUCUCAGUGUGACAAAUGUUUUACAAAGAGGAGGUGUCUGAAUGAACACAUGAGAGUGCACACAGGAGAAAAACCUUUCAACUGCUCUCAGUGCGAUAAAUGUUUUACACUGGAAAGGAACCUAAGAGUACACAUGAGAAUACACACUGGAGAAAAACCUUUCAUCUGUUCUUGGUGUAAUAAAUCUUGUGCUACGAGAGGGAGCCUGGUGGUGCACAUGAGAACUCACACAGGAGAAAAGCCUUUCAUAUGCCCUCAAUGUGAUAAAGGUUUUGCGUACAGCGGGCUCCUAAAGGAGCACAUGACCAGCCAUACUGGUGAAAAACCCUACACUUGCUCUCAUUGUGAUAAGUGUUUUACGAGGAGCAGUAGUCUGAAAGAACACAUGAGAAUGCACACGGGAGAAAAGCCUUUCAACUGCUCUCAGUGUGACAAAUGCUUUACAUAUGGACGGAGCCUGGAGGAACACAUGAGGGUGCACACUGGGGAAAAACCUUUCAGCUGCUCUUAUUGCUGCAAGUUGUUUAACAGGAGACGUACUUUGGAGCAACACAUGGGGAGUCAUACCGGAGUAAAAUCUUUCCUCUGCUGUCAGUGUGGUAGAAGUUUCACACAUGAAAGGAGUUUAAAGGAUCACAUGAAAAUUCAUAUCGGAGUAAAACCUUUCGCCUGCUCUCAGUGCAGUAAAUCUUUUUUAUCUAGAGGGCACCUGAAGAAACACAUGAGAACGCAUACUGGAGAGAAGCCAUUCAGUUGCUCGCAUUGUGAUAAAAGUUUUGCACUGAAGAGCAACCUGAAAGUACACAUGGGAAUACACACUGGAGAGAAACCAUUUGUCUGCUCUCAGUGUGAUAAGCGUUUUUCAAUGAAGAGCAACCUUAAGGUGCACAUGAGAAUUCACACUGGAGAAAAACCUUUCAUCUGCUCUCAGUGUGAUAAAUGUUUUAUGCAGAGCAGGAGUCUGAAGAUACACAUGAAAAGUCAUUCAGCUCAUGGUGUGAAACCCUACUAAGAAAAUGGUCAACUAAACUGUGGACUUAAUUCUUGGAGGAGAAGACAAUGGCAAAUUGCAGAGUAGGACAAAGACUGAUUCAUGAUUCUCAGCAGUUCAAAUAGUGUAUUAUGAUGAAAAUACAGUGUGUUUUACUCUCUAACCUUUACUUUUUACUGAUUAAGUCAUUACAUUAAAGUGAUUAAUUUAAUUUGAUUCUACAACCUUAUAAGUAUUAUAGAAUCAAAAUUUGAUCUUCUAAUUUUGAUCAAAUAUCCCAAAAUAUUGCUUGCAAUAUUUCUUCUCCUCAGAGUGCAGGUAUCUCUGAAAUGCUCUACUCAUGCUACCAGAGGUGCUGUCUUCACUUGAUCCAGCAGUUCUUAAAAGUUCAGAAACUUUCUUUGAAGUGUUUCUUUCUCCACUCCAACACUGAGUUUCUCCGCACUUGUAUCUU